UCAGCCAACUGCAGCCCUGGGCUCCUGGUGCGGGUUGGGGCCACAGCACUGCGUCCCCACGCAAAGUGGAGCAAAAAUUAAGGCAAAAGCAGUGCCUUGGCAAGAGGGGGAAGCAAGGCAAGAGCUUGGCGGGGCAGGAAAGGACUUUUAUGGGGUUGCUUGCAGAGGAGGGAGGAGGAAGUAGGUUGGCAAAGCAGCCGUCAGCGGGCCCUCGCGCUGCGUUGGGGGAUCAGACCCCUGGCAAAGAGGAGCCACGGGGCCAUCCGAGCUCCUCUUCAGCACUUCUCCUAAGCUGCCCCCCCCCGGAGACCCAACGCCAAACCCUUUCUGAUCCACGAUGUCCCUCAAGCUGCCACGGAACUGGGAUUUCCACCUGAAAAUGGAUGCUGCCAAAAUAGCCCGCUCCAGGAGUGUGAUGAGCGGUGAGGCCGUGACCCCCCAGCCUGGCCCCCCCAGCGCCAUGGAGCGGCCACUGAAGCUGGGUUGGCUGAAGAAGCAGCGCUCCAUCGUCAAGAACUGGCAGCAGCGCUACUUCGUGCUGCGGGGCCAACAGCUCUACUACUACAAGGAUGAGGAUGACACCAAGCCGCAGGGCUGCCUGUCUCUCCAGGGAAGCACCAUCAAGGAGGUGGCUAGCAACCCAGAGGAAGGAGGGAAAUUUAUCUUUGAAAUUAUCCCAGGGCUCUCUGGAGACCAGAGCCGGGCUGGGCAGGAUACCUGUGUGCUCAUGGCCAGCUCCCAGUCCGACAUGGAGGAAUGGGUUAAAUCCAUCCGACGGGUGCUGGGUUCAACCUCAGGAGCGGUGUUUGGCCAACGCUUGGCAGAGACCAUGGCCUACGAGCAGAAGUUUGGGCAGCACCAGGUGCCCAUCCUGGUGCAGAAAUGUGCUGAGUUCAUCCGGGAGCACGGGGUGAAUGAAGAGGGCAUCUUCCGCCUCCCCGGCCAGGACAACCUGGUGAAGCAGCUCAGGGAUGCUUUUGAUGCUGGGGAAAGGCCAUCAUUUGACAGGGACACGGAUGUGCACACUGUGGCCUCUCUGUUCAAGCUGUACCUACGGGAGCUUCCUGAGCCAGUUGUGCCGUGGAUACAGUAUGAAGAUUUCCUGCUCUGUGGCCAGAUGCUGGACGUGGACCAGAAAAAGGGGCAUCAGGACCUCCUGAAGCAGCUGUCUCUUCUUCCCAGAGACAACUACAACCUUCUCAGCUACAUCUGCAGGUUUCUGUACGAAGUACAGCUGAACUCCGGCGUCAACAAGAUGAGUGUGGAUAACCUGGCAACAGUGAUUGGAGUGAACCUCAUCAGACCCAAGAUAGAGGAUCCUGCAACUAUUAUGAGAGGCACGCUGCCAAUCCAGAAAGUGAUGACCGUGAUGAUCAGCAACCAUGCAGACCUCUUUCCCCCAUCCAAGGACGUGCCGCCCUCCCCAACAACCCAACAGAAUGACAAGAAAGCCCCCAUCCUGCGCAGCUCCGUGGGCUGGGACUCUGCAGAGGACUCCACAUUGCCCAGGGCAGAGAGCUCAGUCCAAAGGCAAAUGGCAAGGAAAGACAACCCAAGUGCCAGCUGUGCUCCUGGGCUGGCUGUGAGCUCACGUGCACCCAGCGAAGAUACUGGCGUGCAACCAUCCAAAGAUACACUGGGAAUGUGGAAAAUGCAAGCAAGGAAAAGGACUCAGACUUUACCUAACAGAAAAUCCUUCCUGACUGCUGCAUCUCCAGGGGAGAAAGGCAGCAAUGACAGGAACGACAUAUUUAACAAUGACUUUUGGAAAGGCUCCACACAGAGCAACCCACGUUCUGUGCUCACUGAAGGACAUAAGAGAACGUUAUCUCAUGAUCUUUUCAAGCUGCUUGAUCUUCACCGGGCUUCAACUUAUGACGUGCCCACCUCCCAUGUGGAAAGCAGCAGCUCCAGCCCCAGUCCUGCCAGCAGCUGCUCUGAUAAGGAAUUCCAGCCCUGCCUCAGCCCCUGCCAUCAGCCCCAGGAGCCAACCAGCCCUGCCAGCAGCCCUUCUGAGGUGUUCCAGCCUGCUCCAGAGAGCAUGGAGCCCCUGCAAAACAUGGUCCUGAAGCUGCAGAGAGAAAUGGAUGCGCAAAAAGAGACUUACGAAGAGCAGAUUAAAAGCCUCGAGAAGGAAAACUACGACGUUUGGGCCAAAGUGGUGAGGCUGAACAAGGACAUUGAAAGGGAGAAGAAGAAGUCUGAGGAGCUGGAGCUGAAGCUGAAGAACAUGGAGCGCUUGCAGGAGGACUUGGAGAAGAAAAACAAGAUGCUUGAGGAGGAGAUAAAAACCAUUGCUAAAUCCAGGAGUAAAAGUGAUGCCAAAACCAACUAGGAGAUGACAUCCAGCUGUGCACAAACAUAAAAUGCAGCUGCACGAAUCCAAAGGAAUUGCCAAGCAGGACCUGAGUCAGGGACUUGCGUGUCCAGUGCCCGGCAACUGGCUGUGGGCUUGUGUGGAGGAAGGAGCCUGGAAUUUAGAGGCUGGUUUAUGCUCUGAAACAGGAAAUUUCCAAAAUACUGUUUAGCUUUUUCUUGUGUGUUUUUUCAAGUCCUCUUUCAGCUGCUCAAGUUACCUGUAGAACAGGCCGAUACCUCGUGCUGCUCAAUCAGAACAUCUUGCACACAAAAACCCCAAAGCAACGAGAGUCCUUCCUGCCAGCCAGCUGGCUCUGUAUUGGAGACACCACCAGUGCUUCUGAGUGGAACAGAACAUCCCUAAAUCCUGGAGCUGGGAAGAUGGAAAACCCCCAAAGUCUUGGGUGGCACAGCCCAUCUCACAGCAUGCCUGGAAGCUGGGCUGCAAAUGCUGUCAGCAACACAACCGAGACAUUUGCAUCAACAUAUGCACUUGGUUAUUGCUCUUAUAGAGCAAGAGAAGCCCAGACAGCUUGUUGUGUCCAUCAAGAAACCUCGUGCCCCAUCCCUUGUUGUGCUGUGCAAGACUCAUUGAUAACAAGGCUCCAGCUGUGAAAUCACAAAAAACACAACUUCUUCAGUUAAAUUGCUCUUCACGCAUUUAAACUUGCUGAUUCUUACAGCCAUAUGUAUAUAAACCCAGCAUGGUCGCUGUUGAGGCUUUGGAGUUUCACACACCCGUACAUGGAGCUCUCUAUCUUUCAUUAUUUCAUCAGGAUUCUCUUGGCCCCUUGAUGAAACCAGGAAACCUGGGUUUGCAACCCAGUGAUGAUGCUGGGUCUCUGCCCAUCACUUGCUGCCAUUGGCAUGAGGACUAAUCAACAUGGCUAAUUGUAAACGUGUUGCUUUGGCUGCUUGCUUUUGCACUGCCUGCCACUGAGUCUCCACGUUGCUGCUGAAGCUUUUGUUGUAGGAAAAAUAGAACAAGACCCUGAAACCUCAUUGAUAUUUAGAAGGGUGACCCACAACACACAGCCUUGGCCCAGCCAGGGUACAGAAAGGGGAUCAUCAGGAGUUAUCAACAAAGACUUGUAGGACUAAAUGCACUCUUUUGUGCCAACCACAAUGGAGUUAAUGCAAAUGGAUUGCUGUUUCUGAGGACUUGAAGUGAAAGUUCAGCUCCAGACGGGCUGCAGAACUGCUUGGCAGAGAUCUGCAAAGAAAAGAGGACUGAAGAGAGAAAGAGAUGCAAAAGAGACUGUGAAAAGAGAAAGAUGGGAGUGGGAAAGUGUUUGUAGAGAAUAAAAGCCAUUAUUGGGUACGUAGCACUUGCUGUGGGGGAGUUCUGUAGCCCUGAAGCUGACAACUCCUCAAGCUCAAGCUCAGACAUAGUGCAUGUAUUGAAUCUGUCCUUGCUCAGCCAUGGUUGGAAAAUCCAGGUGAAGAAAAUGUGUGUAAGAGUCGAGCUGCAUUUAGGAGCCUGACCCAUAAACAGAACAUUCCCAUGAACUCAGACCUCAGAACUCAGACUGGUGGAGUGGGUUGAUGGUUGGACCAGGUGAUCUUAGAUGUCUUUUCCAACAUUCCUGGUUCUGUGAUCUAGUCAUGAGGCCUGGGAAUCAUUUGGGGAGAUGUUUCUCCAUCAGGUCCAGGAGAAACAUUGUGAGCAUUGGGCUGGAAAUGCCACACGCUCUUUUCUGUGCAGAUCAAAAGUGUGAAGAGGCAAAUAAUUCCUCCACGGCCCACAGCAAAGCAUGAUGACGUGGGAAGGCUUGGCUGCAGCUCAGAAUGCUGUGAUUAGGACAAGUGCACAUUAAUUUAGUAUAAACUGUGCAUUCCCCCAUUUCCGUUGCAGAUAGGCAAAAUAACCUCUAUCAAACCACAGCUGUUUCUGAGGAGCAGAGUAGCUUCUUUGAAGAUAUUCUGCCCAUUAAAAUGUGGAAUGUUUAUAGUGGUCAUAUUUAAAAGAUAGACUUUCCAAUGGAGGUCAGGUGGCCUGGAAAUUCCUAAGUGCAUGGGGGGAGCGAGCAGCUUCUGAGAGCAGCAUGGGCAUCAUGUGAGCUGAUGGGUUCUGUGGGAUAAAAAAAACUGUUUUGGUUUGUUUUUUGGGGGGGUUUUUUUUUGGAGAGAGAGAGAUAGCAAUGGGUUUAGAGAAGCGUGGGUCUGCCCAUGACUGACAUAUAGAAACAGCCCCAUGGGUACACCUCUCCACUCAAAGCCUGAACGUUGGCCGUGCCCAAGUCCUGCUCUGGAUGUAAUGCACUUCCAGAUCUUCUGCUGUAGACAGCAGGACAUGAGGUUCUCUGAAAACUGACUGAUGUAUGACCUAUGCUUCAGAGCUGCUACUGUCACAUAAAAAUACAUUAUUUUUAUUUACAAGAGAAUAAAUAAUAAUCCCUGUACGCAGAUCAGUCUGGUCCUGGGCAUCAUAGAGUUAGAAAGUUGCAUCACCAGAAAGGCUUUUUCAGGCCCUUAGCCAUCACACUGCACAGCCACAGGGGAUAAAAGCAUCCCCUACAAGACAGUGGGAAAGCUUGUGAGAUAGCCUAAAAAACACCCAUGGGAUUUUUCUUUCUCUGUAAGAAAGAAACUUCCAAAUUAAAGCAACUAAACCCACAGAUCUGAAUGCACCUCAAUCUACUAAAUCAUAUAAUUAUAAGGGUUGGAAAAGACCUCUAAGAUCUCAAGUCCAACCCAACCCAUCCCCACCAUGCCCACUAACCAUGUCCCCAAGUGUCACAUCUCCACCACCUCGCUGGGCAAUAAGUGUCAACGCAUCACCACUCUAAGAUUUUUUUCCUAUAUCAUGCAUUAUGGAGCGGAGAUGUGACUUCUUAUAUGACAUAUUUUAGCCCUGCUCUCAUUGUCUAGCAUUCUUUACACUGUAGCAAAAAUCUGUUUUGCUUUUCUUUGGGAUUUAUUGCAUUCAUUUAGUAAUUCACUUUGUUGUAUCCUGGCAUUUAGUAGGCGUGAGAGGCAAGAAAGUAAAAUUAUCCUUCCCACACUCUUCCUGCUGGAUCCCAAGCCAGUCACGCUUAUGCUGACUUGUCCCCUCAUAUUUUAUCAAAAUCACAUUUUUGGCAUGAUAGUAACUUUCCUUUUUUGGCUUGGCUACUGCAGAAAAUAGCAAGUUGCAGUGGGAGGCGAGGUAGACGUGUGGGAAAUGUGUCCAGCCAUUCUUUAGGAUGGCUUGUGCAAAGGAAAGGAAAGCAGUGAGAACAUGUUGUUCUCUCCAGGAAUGAGAGACCAUUGUAUGUCCUUCCUGCACAUACUUGAUACCUCCAAAGCAAGUUGAUUUUAAGAAGAAGGCAGCUCUUAAUUUCAGCCAAAUACACAGCCUGAGUGAUGCGAAGUUGGGUGCAGUUUUCCUGACUGUUAGGCUCAACCUUCAGCACACAGCAAAUCCACCAAGAUGAAAACCCCAAUAAGCAGAGAGCUCAGCAAGGAGGCAGCAUCUUAUUUACCCCCUGUGUGAGAGGCUUCCAAAAAAGCCAUUUUUCAUGCAUAGCCCUGCCCAAAAGGGUGCCUAGGUGCCAUCAACACCUUCUGAAAAUUUGCUUUAUCGCAUAUAAAAACACAACAUGAUAUUUCAGCCCUCUUCACACCACACACUGUUAACAGGAACUGGGAACAGAGAAACGUUCCUUUAAUGUCGUCAGCUGGCCGUGAUGCUGUUUGCCACGUCCAGGGAGAUAUUUCCAAAUGAGAGCAUUUUGGAAGCAGCCAGAGAGGUGAGGACAGACUUUGACCUCUUGUUAAAGAAGUUGAGAUUGGUUUGGCAUCUGCUUCCCAAGCAUGUGAGACGACGAUUUUUUGCUCUUUCCACAGAAGUAUUGCCUUGUUUCCUUCCUCAGCUUCCUCAGUGACAAGGACCAAGCACCCCA